AAUAAACCACAUUUAUUUCAAGAAAGAACUUCAGCAAACAAAAAACAAGUAUCAUUUACAAGGAAGUAGUGAACAUUGAACACAAACAAUGGAAAGCAAGUGCAAGUCAACUGAAAAGAGGAUUGCUGUUGUGACAGGAGCCAACAAAGGGAUUGGUCUAGAGAUUGUUAGACAGCUUGCAAACAAUGGAAUCAUGGUCAUAUUAACAGCAAGAGAUGAGAAAAGAGGAACUGAAGCUGUUGAGAAGCUUAUCAAUUCUGGUGUUUCUGAUGUUUUGUUUCAUCAGCUUGAUGUUUCAGACUCUUCCAGUGUUGUUUCUUUAGCUCAUUUCAUCAAAACAAAGUUUGGCAAACUUGAUAUCUUGAUAAACAAUGCAGCAAUUAUUGGAGUUACUAUACAUUCAGAUUCUUACACAGCAGAAGAAGAAGAACAAGAAAAAUCUGAGGAAAAAGAGAUGAUCAAGUUGCUCAAGAAAAUUUCUGUGUCAACAGAGACGUAUCAGAAUGCCGAAGAAUGUCUGAAUAUAAACUACUAUGGCACCAAAAGGAUGACCGAAGAACUUAUUUUUCUUCUCCGAUUAUCGACUCAACCGAAAAUUGUAAAUGUAUCUUCAAUCCUUGGAAAGUUAGAGCAUUUUUCGAAUAAUGAAAAGAUUGUCGAAAAAUUGAGUGAUACAAAUGGAUUGACUGAAGAGGAAUUGGAUGAACUUCUGAAAAGUUAUCUGAAUGAUUUCAAAGAAGGAAAAUUGGAAUCAAAUGGGUGGCCAAUUAGUUUAUCUGCUUAUAAAGUGUCGAAAAUGUUUGUUAAUGUAUACACAAGGAUAAUUGCGAAGAAAUUUCCGACAUUUUAUGUUAAUAGUGUUCAUCCUGGAUUUGUUAGAACAGAUAUGAGUUGGGGUCUUGGGACUUUGAGUUCUGAAGAAGGUGCUAAAGGUCCUGUAAUGCUAGCAUUGCUUCCUGAAGAUGGUCCUUCAGGAUGUUUCUUUGAUGGAACAAAAAUUAUCAUCUAUUUAGGUACUUUGUGCACUAGGCAAUGUAGUUUGUCACCAGACAUUGGGGCUUGGUUAUGCAUUUAAUUAUUUUCAAAUCGAUCAUUAUGUUUUAC